UACCCAUCCCUGUGCUUGGUGAUAUCUCGGUGCUCGGUCCCAUGAUUUUCCCCUUAUCCGCGCAACGUUGUUACAUUACAUCAGAGCUUCCCUUGUCGCCGGCAACUUAGGGACGAUGGCCUCCAUCACUUCCGUCGAAUUAAAUUACCUCGUCUUUCGUUACCUUCACGAAUCAGGUUUCACACAUUCUGCUUUUGCUUUAGGAUAUGAGGCAGGGAUUAACAAAAGCCCUAUUGAUGGAAAUUUAGUUCCACCAGGUGCUCUUGUUACAUUCGUGCAAAAAGGGCUUCAAUAUCUUGAGCUGGAAGCAAACUUGACUACUAGUGCUGGAGAUGAGGACGAUGAUUUCUCCUUCUUACAACCUCUGGAUCUUAUAACAAAAGAUGUCAACGAACUACAGCAAAUCAUAAGAGAGAGAAAAGAAAAUCUGCAAAAGGAGAAAGAGAAGGAUAAGGAGAAAGAAAGGGAAUAUGACCGAGAACAUGAACGAGAACAAACGCGAGAAAGGGAGAAGGAACGACUGGAAAGAGAAAGAGAACGUGAAAGGGAAAGGGAAACGGAGAAAGUAGAAAAAGAUAAGGAGCAUGAAAGGGAAAAAGAAAAAGAAAGAGAGAGAGAAAAAGAAAAAGAAAUAGAAAAAGAAAAAGAAAAAGAAAAAGAAAAACAGAAUGAGGAUAACACUGAUAGAGAACCAGUCAGAGAUCGUGAAGAGAAGAUCACCGUCAAGUCCGAAGAUAAUGGAGUUUGUGGAGGGCCGGAGCCCAUGGAUAUAUGUACAAGUUUGCCAUCUGUGCCUUGUGAAAUUCCAGCAUCAGAUGUAACUAUUUUGGAAGGACAUACUUCUGAGGUUUUUGUUUGUGCAUGGAGUCCAGCAGGUUCACUUCUAUCAUCAGGGUCUGGAGAUUCAACAGCACGGAUUUGGACAAUCCCAGAUGGGCCUUGUUGCUCUAGUAUGCAGAGUGGGCCUCCAAACGUACUGGUCUUAAAACAUUUUAAGGGUCGACCCAAUGAGAAAAGCAAGGAUGUCACUACACUUGAUUGGAAUGGGGAGGGGACACUACUCGCGACAGGGUCAUAUGAUGGGCAAGCAAGAAUAUGGAGUAGAGAUGGGGAGCUCAAGAGUACAUUAAACAAACACAAAGGACCCAUCUUUUCUCUAAAGUGGAACAAGAAGGGUGAUUGUCUUCUUAGUGGCAGUGUUGAUAAAACAGCAAUUGUGUGGGAUGUGAAGACAGGGGAGUGGAAGCAACAGUUUGAAUUUCAUUCAGCUCCAACUCUUGAUGUUGACUGGAGAAACAAUGCUUCCUUCGCAACGUGCUCAACAGACAGCAUGAUUUAUGUUUGCAAGAUUGGAGAGAAUCGUCCCAUUAGAAAUUUUUCAGGGCAUCAGGGAGAAGUUAAUGCUAUCAAGUGGGACCCAACUGGAACAUUGUUGGCUUCUUGCUCUGAUGAUUUCACUGCAAAGAUAUGGAGUAUGAAGCAGGACAAGUUUGUGCACGAUUUGAGGGAGCAUGUCAAGGAGAUAUAUACCAUCAGAUGGAGUCCUACUGGGCCAGGUACCAACAAUCCCAAUCAGCAGUUGGUGCUGGCAAGUGCAUCCUUUGACUCGACAAUAAAGUUAUGGGAGGUGGAGCAUGGGAAUCUUCUUUAUAGCUUGAACGGUCACAGGGACCCUGUAUAUUCUGUUGCAUUUAGCCCAAAUGGGGAGUAUUUGGCUAGCGGAUCUUUAGAUAAAUGCAUGAACAUCUGGUCAACUCGAGAAGGGAAGCUUGUAAAAACAUAUGCUGGUAACGGUGGCAUAUUUGAAGUCUGUUGGAACAAAGAAGGUGACAAAAUUGCUGCCUGUUUUGCAAACAACACUGUCUGUGUCAUGGAUUUCCGAAUGUAGUGAGUUUAAAUUUCACCAAGAGUGCUCGCUCCGUGCAUUCGCUGAAGGUGGUGACAAAUUGGGUGAGAAACGCAUUCAUGAAUCAUGAUGAGGAAUUUAAGCUAGGCCAGCUCUGGUAUCCCAAAUUGCUUCAUUGACUUGUGUUUCCAUUCACUUUUUUUUAUUCAUGGUGUAAUACUUUAGUGCUCAUGAAAGAUGAAAUUUGCCUUGCACAGUAGAAAUGUCUGACCCAGAUUCUGUACAGCUUAAUAAUUUCAGAGUUGGAUAUAUCUGAACUUUGUUUAGAAGAAUAUAGUAAUGUACACCCUUUUGUACUGCUGGAAAACCCCUAUGAUUGAAUUUUAAUAUGUUGUGUCCUACUAUUAACU